GCCAAACAAAUGGAAAUACAAUCUGAAGAUGAGGACUGUGUAAGACCAGAAUCAGACAAGAAUCCAGAAUGUUCCUCUGGAGAAAACAAAAUAACAGUUCACAAAAGAGGUAAACGACUCAAACUGUGUUCCAAAUCUAUGGCUCACAUUGAAAUCCAUGGCGGAGAGAAACCAUUUGGUUGCAGUAUAUGUGGCAAAAGAUUUAAAAGUAAGAAUCAUGUUAGAUUACACGUCAUGACUCACACUGGAAACAGAGAACAUAGCUGUGAUCUAUGUGGUAAAGGAUUUCUAGUGAAGAGUCUUCUUCACACUCACAUGAGACUCCACACUGGAGAAAGACCAUUUGCUUGUGAUGACUGUGGUAAACGAUUUCGAGCAAAGACAAACCUUAAAACUCACAUGAAGGUCCAUUCUAGAGACAAGCCUUUUUCUUGUGAUGUUUGUGGAACAAAAUUUAAAAGAAAAGAAACACUUAAGAAACACAUUUGGAUCCACACCACAGAGAAACCCUUUGUCUGUAAUGUUUGCACAAGAGGAUUUUCACGACAAAAGAGUCUGAAAAGUCACAUGUAUCUUCACACAGGCGAGAAACCGUUUAUUUGUAGUAUUUGUAGUAAAGGAUUUGCAGUGCAGGAGAAUCUAAAGAGUCACAUGUGCGUUCACACUGGUGAGAAACCAUUUAUUUGUGAUGUUUGCAGUAAAGGAUUUCAUAGACAUGGAGAUCUAAAGAGACACAUGCGUGUUCAUACAGGAGAGAAGCCGUUUAUUUGUACAGUCUGCAGUAAAGGAUUUUCACAACAAAUUCACUUAAAGAGCCACAUGCUUGUUCACACUGGAGAGAAGCUAUUUAUUUGUAGUUUUUGCAGUAAAGGAUUUUCACAGCCAGAAACUUUAAAGAGACACAUGCGUGUUCAUACAGGAGAGAAAGAGUUUAUUUGUAAUGUUUGUAGUAAAGGAUUUUCACUAAAACAACAUCUUAAGAACCACAUGGAGGUUCACACCGCACCAUUUAGGUGUAGCGAUUGUGGGAAACGUUUUGUUAGGGAAAUCCAGUUACAGCGACAUGUGAGACUCCACUCAGAUGAGAGACCUUUUGGUUGUGAUGUCUGUAAGAGCAGAUUCAACCAAAAGUGUCAACUUGAAAACCACAUGAGAGUCCAUUCAGGAGAGAAACCGUUUGUGUGUGAGGUUUGCAGCAAAGCGUUUUCACAGCAAGGAAAUCUGAAGAAACACAUGGGUGUUCAUGAGGGCUGUAAUUAAGUAUUUUAACAUUUGACUAGUCUGCCAAUGUUUAAUAUAGAUAUUAAAUAUAUAAUAAUAUGGAUAAUAAUAUCCAUUUGCAGAAAGUGCAAAUGGAUAGUACUAGCUACUAUUUGUAGCCUCUAAUUUUUCUCCUAAUGCCUCUACUUUAUUGUAUACAUUUUUAUAUUGUAUUCCUACAAAUACAAUAUUUUAGGAUCUCCAUGUUGACAGUUAAGUUUUAUUUAUAUUGUAUGAUUAAACUGCAACUUGUCCCCAUUUGAUUAAAGGAUUUUCUUUGUAUUUGGUCUUACAAAUAUAUUUCAGUGAGUAAGAAAAGCCAUUUUCAAUAAGUUGGAAUAUGGCUUCCAAUGAGGCUUGUUUGUGAGAUUUAAGUACAUUUUGUAUUAAACACAGAUUUUAUUAAGCCUACUUUCUGUAUGAAAAAUGUGUUUUAAUUAGUCUGAUGUAUUAUUCUAAUCCUAAAUGUCAGGUUUUCAUUAGCUGUAAGUGGAAAAUCAUCAUAGUUAACAAAAACGAAGGCUUGACAACAGUCUGUAGUUAUGGGUUUCACUUGUAAUAUUGAGUUACUAACAUAAAUUAACUUUUCAAUAAUUGAAAUUUAUUGAACGUCUCUAAGUAAAAAAUANAGGAAAUAAAACAAAACUAAACUCUUAAAGUGAAUUUCUGUAUGAAGCAAAAAUAAAUGUUUUAUUUACAUUACAUGAACAUUCUGACAAGGUUGUGCUUUAACCUUGUAUUGUUUCAACUUAUGACUUAGUAAUUAUUUAUUGGUAAUGUAUUAUUUUCCACAUUUGAACAAUAUAACAACAUUUCAUGUUCUUACAAAAUAAAACGUGCAAGAUCUGAAAAUGUAUUGUGCCUCUCUUCUAUUUGACCUUCAUAAACUUAUGGGGACCCGACUUCAGGAUCCUGUUCAGUCAUCUAUAUUUUAUACAGUUUAUGGUCAGCACCUGUCAGGAAUUUAUGAGAGCUUCUAGGAGAUUCCAUUAGCUGAAAGAGGCAUCAGGGAAACUGAGGGCUGUAGAGAUAAAUGCCACAGUCUGACCCAGGAGUCUUUCUACUAUCACGAGCCAAACACAACUAAUACUCAGCUACUUAAUUUCAUAGUUGCGAGAUAAUACUGAUGGCUUGUUAUAAACAAGCGGUGUCCAAUAGUUUAUUAAGAAAACAGUCAUUACUUGCAGCUAAUUGUUUAAUAAUUGUUAAAUAGCUUAUAAAACAAAAUAUUGCUACUGAUUUUUUGCAGUAUAACUUUACAAACGGCACCCUAUUUAAAUCACUAUAUACAUUAGAAUGUAUCACUAUAUACAUUAGAAUGUAUAUAGUGAUUUAAAAAGUGUAAUAGCGCAACACUUACCUUUUUCAAAAAUAUCUUUAUUUUCUGCGUACGUUUUAUUCGGAAAAACCAAUAAAAGGAAGUAGUUUUUCGAAAUGGCACUUUACUUGCCAUUCAUUGGUCAGUGAGGAGGAUGUCACCGGAUGUAUCAAUGUAGCUUGACUGGCUAAGUCCCGAAACGGAAAACCUCUUAAGUGGUUAUGUAAAAUCACAAUUGUUGAUGUCUCUGAUCUACUAUUUAUCAGUCGCAGUGAUUACAUCGCUCCCAUAUAAUUGUUCUAAACCGAUGUGAUAUUUAUAGCCGACUUUAUGUACAGAAUGCCAUUAGCCUUCAAUAGCAAAGUGGAAGCUAACAACAGAGACGGAUGAUGCCAUUUACGAUGUUGAAGCUUUUUAAAUGUUUGUAGUUUAAUGCUACAAGACGAGUCUAUGCUCCACCCUCUGAGGAUGACCACUUCGUCCGUGGACACCUCCUCUGUCCUUUUCAGCUGAGGACCGAGAGACUUGUGACACCCACAGUGGAGCCAGAGCUACUGACCAAG